AUGAAUCUGAAGUUUAAAGAGAUGAAGAUUGAGAGCAAGAAAGGAAAGAAAAGGAGCAAAAGUGAAGUAAAGACAGGAGCAGAUGAAGAUGGAAAGAUAGAAACGGAGAAUUUUUGUGUCUAUUUCUCUGUGUCUUGCAGGUUCUGGCAUGGAGAGUACAGGGUGGCAGUGAACAUUAAUGACUAUCUGGACAUCUACUGUCCUUACUACGAGGGUCCUCCAUCCCACGGGCGCAUGGAGCGCUACAUUCUGUUUAUGGUCAACCAUGAGGGCUACACUUCCUGCCAGCAUAGGAUGCGUGGCUUCAAACGCUGGGAGUGUAGCCGUCCUAGUGGUCCUGACGGACCCCUGCGCUUCUCAGAGAAGUUCCAGCUCUUCACCCCCUUCUCCCUGGGCUUUGAGUUCAGGCCUGGACACGAGUACUACUACAUCUCGUCUCCUCACCCAAACCAUGUGGGGCGAGCAUGUCUAAAGCUGAAGGUGUAUGUCAGACCUCCAGAUGGGUCGGGAUAUGAUUCUCCAGAGCCCUUCCUGACUGAUGGAGGUCUAAGCUGGAGGCCAGAGUCCAUGGCCCCGUUUGCUGCUCUGGUCUCACUGCUCCUGGGACUCUUCUCCUGGCUGUGACCCCUCUCCUUCUUCUCCUGGAGCUCCCACCCAGGGUCACUGGGCUGGGCUGGCUGUCCCUCUAAAUCCACCACCCCUCAGGGAAGCCCUCUGUCUCCGUCCUCCCCUCUCCCACCUCCACCUCUAUACGACCACCAACCACCCCCACUGCCAGCCCCUUCCAUGGGGGGUGAGAGGGUUGGGUCUUAAGCUGUCUGGGAAGCUGCCCUUCAUCUCUGAUCCCCAAAUUCUGGGUGGAACAGCGCCUCUCAGCUGAAAAACACAAGGGAAAUGUCUCUGUACUCAUAUCAGGGGGUCCUUUUGAUUUGACUAUUGACUCUUGGCCACUGAUCGGGUAGAUGUAGCCGUGGCUGUGAUUAAACUUGUCGUUCCAGUGCAAUUUCUAUCAUCCAAUCACGGCAGGAUGCAUUAAGCGAUAGGCCUGGAUGCACAAAAAUUGGAUUUUUCUCACAUUGCUGUCCCAUCGUCAAACCAAGAAUUGGAAGUGGCCAGGCUUGCAUUGUAAUUGAAAUUCUAUGCUAUCUGGACCAUUUCCAACUGCGAUGAAAAUAAGAGCAAAUGUAUAGAGAUGGAAAGGAGAAAAGUGACCCGGCCUGUGCAGAAAAUAAAGGGGAAACAAUGCAGGCACAGAUUUAAAUGAAUACGGCCAUAUGGGAAAUGUAAUAUUAUAUGUGUUGAUAUUUUCAGACCCAGUGUAGAUUCACAGUAAUGUGAUAUAAAAGUCAUAUAGUUAGAUUUUUUAUGAGAAGCUCAGAUACCA